CUGGUUCCAAGUAGCAGCUCUGCUCCCAGACAGGAGAGAGGAAGAAGAGAGAGGAGCGAGGGCCUGGGAAUCACUAGUUUUCCAUAGAAUGAACUCAGAGCCCGAGCAGAAACCACCUUUGCUAUUGCUUAAGGCGUCUCCCUACGUCCACUGACCUGCAUUGAUGCAUCAGGAAAAGGUAGAGGCUUUUGUUUAAAGGAUGGAGGAGGCAGCAGAGACCAGACAGAAGAUGACCAGUCAGCAGGUUCUGUGUGUUCCUGACCAGGAGGCCAACAAACAGCCUGGACUCUCUACUCUCAAGCUGUUCAUCGUGGCGUUGUCGUUCGCCUAUUUCUCCAAGGCCCUGGCCGGCUCCUACAUGAAGAGCUCCCUCAGUCAGGUCGAAAGGCGGUUCGACCUCUCCAGCACACACGUUGGCCUCGUAGACGUCAGCUUCGAGAUGGGCAACUUGUUGUUUUUGGCCGUGGUCAGCUAUUUCGGGGCCAAGCUGCAUCGGCCCAGACUCAUCGCCGCGGGCUGCGUCCUCAUGGCCGUGGGGGCACUUCUCACUGGGCUGACACACUUCCUGAUGGGCCGAUACACGUAUGACACAGUCAUUCAGGCUUUCCGCAAUGACAGCGUGAGCAUUGCUGCGUGUGGAUCUACACUGGAUCCAGCACUGGAUCAGAAACAGCCUUCUGUGGAGGACCACAAAGUGUGUACGAGAGAGCCCGGUUCCAACAUGUGGCUCUACGUUUUCAUGGGGAACGCUCUGCGGGGAAUCGGAGAAACCCCAGUCACGCCUCUGGGCAUCUCCUACAUCGAUGACUUUGCUAAAGCUGAAAACUCCCCCUUCUACAUCGCCUGUCUCCAGACCAUCAGUUUACUGGGCCCCAUGUUUGGCUUCCUCCUGGGCUCCUACUGUGCCAAGCUGUAUGUUGAUGUUGGAUAUGUUGACAUGGACAGCGUGACCAUCACUCCCAGUGAUUCCCGCUGGGUGGGGGCCUGGUGGUUGGGUUUCCUGGUCUCCUCUGCCCUCCUGCUAAUGUCCAGCGUUCCCUUCUGGUUCCUCCCACGCUCGCUGCCCAGGCAGGAAGAAGUCAGGCCAGCCGCCACAGGUGAGACGCUGGAGGGGGCGGAUGACGUCCCCAUCAACAGCCACAGCCUCACGUUGACGGAGAUCGCAAAAGGGUUCCUUCCAUCGCUGAAGCGCCUGUUGGGAACGCCGGCCUACUUCUUGCUUCUUUGCGGCAGCCUCCUCAAGUUCAACGCCAUCAUUGGCCUGUUCACGUUCAAAGCCAAAUAUAUGGAACAGCAGUUUGGCCAGUCGGCCUCCAGAGCCAACUUCCUGAUCGGCGUGCUGAACCUGCCGGCGUUCGCGGUGGGCAUCUUCCUGGGGGGUCUGUUGAUGAAGCGGUAUAAGCUGAGCGUGGUGUCGGGGGCUCAGCUCUCCUUCGCCACGUCCUUGGCGGCGUACCUCCUCAUGCUGCUGCAGUUCGGAACCAAGUGUGACAACGUGCCCGUGGCGGGCCUCACCAUCUCAUACAAUGGGACGCCAGCUGUGCUGCCCCACGGCGAAGCUCUCUUCUCGGGGUGUAACAGCAACUGCUCGUGUUCAGCAGAGGCCUGGGACCCCGUGUGCUCCGACAGCGGCAUCACCUACAUCUCUCCAUGUAUGGCCGGGUGCCUCAGCUCCAGUGGACACGGCAAAAACACAGUCUUCCACAACUGCAGCUGCGUGUCCAGUUCCUUCCCGGAACUGAGCAACGCAUCCUUGAGGCUGGGCCAGUGUCCCCCCGCCAAGGACUGCAGCCGCAGCUUCACCUCCUACAUGGCCGUGUCCGUUCUCAGCUCCUUCAUCAACUCUCUGGGAACCACGCCCGGUUACAUGGUCAUCAUACGAUGCAUCUCACCAGAGCUCAAAUCCCUGGCGCUGGGUAUUCAGACUUUAGUAACUAGAACUCUGGGUGGGAUUCCAGCGCCAAUGUAUUUUGGAGCCCUGAUUGAUUUAACGUGCCUGAAAUGGUCGGUGAAGAAGUGUGGAGGCAGAGGCGCAUGCCGUAUUUACGACUCUGAUAUGUACAGGAUCAUCUUCCUCGGACUCAUCACCAGCCUCAGCGGUUCGUCGUACUUCUUCCUCAUUGCUGUCAUCCUCCUCCUCAGACGACAGUUUCGGAAACCUCGGCAGGGACCGGAGGCGCUGCAGCCAAACGUAGCAAAGGACGUGGAGCUUAAGGCCACGUCCCGGCCCACGGAGGGCCCCGCUGAGGCCGGCGGGCCCGCCUCCACAAACAGCACACCAGAACCCCCCGCUGAGCUGACCAGCGAGGGAGUAGAGGCAGAGAUGGAGGACGCCGGACCGUCCCGCGAAUCGACGCGCAGCAAAGAGGCCGCUGGUCGAAAGGCGGCGUCAGCUGCCGUUUCGUCAGCGUUUUGACCUGUGUGCCCACAGCACGUGUCCCGGGGAAUGUGCAGUGUUUGGAGCACACCGUGUUCCAGACUCGUGACCUGUGUCGCACACAGUAACCGAAUGUCACGCUGUGAAACAAGCUGCAGGUACAGAACGGACACGUUAUGCCCUCUGAGCAAAGCUCAUUUGACCUGCAAAUCCUUGAUGACCCAUGUUCAAGAGAAUCAAAAUAUUUAUGUGUAACUGAUGAAGUCGAAUGGUUUUUAAUAUUAUAAUGAGCUGGGCGCUCAGUAAGGACACUAGAAUGACAGGGCCACAGAACUACACACAUCAGGGCUUAAAAUGACCACUGCAAUCACUGAAACGAUCCAGCAGCUCCGUUGACCAAGGACUCGUCCAGUACCAUGCGAUCAAUUAACAAGACCCCCGGUGCAGCUGCUGUACAGUAGGUGACAGAGACGCCGGCUGUUUAUUCGUGUAUGCGGAUGCAUCGCUCACCAGGACGAGUCAGUGAAACCUGUGUAGGUGCUCCUCUGUCCGCGAGCCGAGCAAGUUUCAACAGCAGACCUCAUCAGAGGCUUCAUUAUCUUCAGUCGCAGCGGCUGCUUAUCCGCUAAUCGCUCCCCGGUGACUUCUGCUCCCUCUCGUGUCCACUGCUGGAGGGAAUACUAAUGGGGCCGCUCCGAGCUCGCUCGUCUGACAUUGUCCUGCCCUGAAUGUGAAAAUGUGGGCGUUCACUGGACUGUAGUAUGUAUGUGUCUAUUUUCAUCAGGCUUUUUGUAAGACUACAAGCUAAACUGUGAUGAGAGUCCCAGUCCACGGUUCCCAAGACUAUGUUACAUGAACAGACUGGAAGUCCUACACAUGCUGCCCACAUUCUCCUCCUGUGUCUUGUGCCUGUUUUAGUCGUAAGCUUUCUAAAUAUAGCCCGCAUAUAAAAUAGAUUGGUUAAAUAUUUAUUGUGUUAAUUAUGUUUAAAAGUCGUUUUGAUCAGCACGAGUUUGCAAAUGAAUUUUCAAAUACUGUAGUCAUUCACUUGUUCUGGCUGAAUGAAUCACUCAAGUCACUGCAUUUGUGGACUAUCAGCCUGAAAUAGCUGAAGUGUUUGUAACAGUAAUGCAGUCAUCAUCCAUAAUAUGCAAAUGAGUCAUUAAAUGAAGUCCUAAGUCCAGUUCCUACA